UUUUAAAGCUUGCUGCCCGCUGCACCUAAAUUUAAAGGGCCCGCUGACUUCCAGAAGUUGGUCUGAAGGCAAACGGUGGUUGUAUGGGUGGACUGCGUUUUGUCAUGGGACCUGUGCGGCUGGAAAUACUGCUUUUCAUCCUGGCAGCGUACGGUGCUUGGACUGGGGCGACGAAAGAGGAGGAAGAUGACACAGAACGUUUGCCCAGCAAAUGUGAAGUGUGUAAGCUGCUGAGCAUGGAGCUACAGGAAGAGUUGAGUCGAACUGGUCGAUCCCGGGAGGUGCUGGAGCUGGGUCAGGUGCUAGACACGGGCAAGAGGAAGAGACACGUGCCUUACAGCCUCUCUGAGACAAGGCUGGAGGAGGCUUUGGAGAAUUUGUGUGAGCGGAUCCUGGAUUACAAUGUUCAUGCUGAACGCAAGGGCUCACUGAGAUACGCCAAGGGUCAAAGUCAGACUAUGGCCACCCUGAAAGGCCUGGUACAGAAGGGAGUGAAAGUGGAUCUGGGAAUCCCUUUGGAGCUCUGGGACGAACCCAGUGUGGAGGUCACGUUCCUCAAGAAGCAGUGUGAGACGAUGCUGGAGGAGUUUGAAGAUGUUGUAGGAGACUGGUACUUCCACCAUCAGGAGCAGCCGCUCCAGCAUUUUCUCUGCGAACGUCACGUGCUUCCAGCCUCUGAAACUGCUUGUCUACAGGAAACUUGGACUGGAAAGGAGAAGAUCAGUGAUGAGCAGGAGGAAGCAGAUGAAGAGGAGGAGGAGGAGGAAGAAGAAGAGAUAACCAAGACUCCAGGCAGUCCCAAGCAUGACCCAGAAGAUCUUUGACCCUUACUUUUGAACCCCAAGGAUGGGUCAUGGAGAGUUGUCUAAAGUCUUCAGCUCUCCCUUCCCCAUCCGUAGGCUGUAACUGUCCUUCUCGUAUGAUCCUGGGGACCCAGAAUGGCCACAGGAAAGGAGGAGAAGGGGGGAGAAGCGGAAGCAAGUUUUGCCUUCAGAGAUGAGUCACGUGCGGCCACUCAGUGGACCAAGUGUGUGGUGACAGCACUGAAACCUUUCUCUCCCUUUUACUGGCCCUCGCCUGCACCAAUUGGUCAGUGGUGUUAUGACCUGUGGGAAGGUCACUUUGCUUUUUAAAGGCUCUAUUUUAAACCCUUUCAAGAGGUCAGAGAAGAGCUAGAGCUCAGUUGGUAGAGUGCUUGCCUCUUCCGGGCAACGAUGGGAGUUGGACCUGAUGUGGUGGCACACCCCUGUAAUCUGCAGCGCUUGAGAAGUGAAGGCUGGAAUAUCAGAAUACCAUCCAGCUACAUGGCAGGCAGCUCAGGACCAACCAGAGCUACGUGAGACCCUGUCUCAAAGUAAGAAGCCAAGAAGGGACCCUCAACCAAUACGCACUGCGAACACGAGGCUGUGUACCAUUAAUCUGUCAACAAGAGCAGGACUCUGGGAGCGAGUGCAGUAAUACUGGGGUUAGGUGGGGUAGACAUGUGGCCUAUUUCCUAUUUCACAGGUGCCAUAUUUUCUAUAUUGCUAUUAAACCUUUUAUAUGUACAUCA